UUGACUCUAGCAGCGGUGGGAGGACGUUGGUCACUUGUUCUGCUCUCCGAAACCUGAACAGAACCGCUUCGUUAAAUUAAGUUCUGGAGACCUGUCCGCGAUUUCACCGGGGUUGCGACAGUAGAAGCCAAUAGAAUCCCGUUUUGCUGGCUGAGGCUCGCGUUAGCUCGGAGGGUUUGUGAUCCUCUCGUUGUCCCGACGUGACCCCUUGCCUUCCCGCGGCUGGUUUGACCCCGGUCUGGAGGAGCUGCUAGCCAGGCUACAUGCUAUCUUCCGCUAGCCGCUAAGGGCAGAGUUAACGGUCCGUGUGUCCGCCGGCAGGAUGGAGUGUGUGAGCCACCGAAUGAGGAAGAGACACCUCGAAGCGGAGCUCGACCCGUGGAGCAGCUGCCAGCCGAAGCGUGUGUGUGCAGAGGUGAGCCACACUCACACCAUAAUACAGGAACAAUGGAAACAAGCUGUUAUCAAUAACAACAUUGUGAACAACCUAGAUGUUAACAUGGUGGAGGUGGUCCAGACACCUGCCCCUCUUCAGUGCUGUCCUAGGUGUCUGAAUGGAGAGCCGGGUCACAUCAGCCACAUUCUGGGCCACUGACCAACCAAACCAACCAUCAGACACUCCUACACCAGGAGGAGAUGAUGAAGAUGAAGGCUGAAAAGAGAGAGGAGCAGGCCUUGGCUCUCCUCGGGUUCUGGUGAUCAUUGGUUCCUCAACCUACUUGGUCUGGACUCUCAGGAAGUUCUGUUGUGUGUGUUUUGUUUUGUUUUUGUUUGGUUUUUUUGUGGAAGGUAGAACAAUAAUUUUGAAUUUCUAAAUACGUCAAUAUGUUUGUGUUGUUAGUAAAAUCAGUUUGUCUGCAGCCUUCAGAUUUGUUCCGGUAGCUAAUCUGUAAAACGGACUAUAAAGGGAGAAUAGACGUCAAUACUUGGAAUCAAAGGUGAAUAUGUAGAAUUUAAUGCCUGUAGGGGACUAGUGUGUGGUGUGGCCUUGUUUGGGUUUUGGGCCAAAAUUUAGCCCACAGUAAACUAGCUAAGCUCGUCCGUCUGGUUUUGCAGUGACAAAAACUAGGACCAAUACAGUUCAUCAACAGCCAUGUGUCCCAUGGAGAAAAUUACCCUAAAACUAGAUAAAUUAUCUGUUUCAAAUCAGGAUGGAAAAAAAAACAGUGGUCAGGCAGGCAUGAUUAAAAAAAAAAAUUUAAUCAGUAUUUCAAAACCAACUAGUUAGUUUGAGUGAUGAAAACUGAGGAAAAAUGUCGAUGACCUGACGUAUGCAGUCAAAAUUCACCUGUGUAGAUAAAAUCCACUAUAAAUCAUUGGCUCAUUUUCCCCUUGGAGAAAAGGUAGUCAUCCGUUGUAGUUAGCCAAAAAAAAUGGAACCCUUCCUGUCCAGUUGGAGACGAAGUGGGAAGACUGGCAUGACUGGGUCACCUCCUGUGGUGUACCAACCCAUAAAGUGAUUCAUGAGUGGCAUUCAUCUAAUCCCAAACAGAGAAGUGUGCUAUGUAAGGUCACUGCCACCCUACAGUAGUCUCUACUGGAGUCUUUUUUUCCCCACCUCGAUUAUAGCCUGAGUGAUGCUAUGUCCCAGGAAAUGCUAGUUAUUCAGUUUGUUUAGAAUGUGGAGUAUGUUUAUCUGCAGAAAAUGGUGCCAUCACAAGUGAACCUGAAUUGCGUUAAUCUGAAUUUGUAAUGCUGAGACUGAAUUAUUGGAUUCAAAACUGGAUUUAUUUUGAAGAAAUUCAAACCGAUCUGAAAUUGGGGACUGAGGACAAGCAAAUGAGAAAAGAUUCAAUCAAACCUCUUAAGCCAGGGGUGCCCAACUCCAGGCCUCGAGGGCUGCAGCGUCUGCGGGUAUUUGUUCCAGCCAUGAACUACACCACCUGAUUUAACUAAUUAGCUCACCUCUUGGACCAAGGAGGGAAAG